AUGCCCAUUGUUUUCUUCCUUAUUUUUUUAUUAAUGGCUUCAUUAUUCUUUAAGGAUUAUUUAUUUCCAAGUGAGCUUUACGAGAAAGACGGCGGUAGUUUUACUACGCCAGUUCAAACCUUGAUAGACUUUGCUCCUCAUAUAUUACAGGAACUACCAAAGAACGAAAAGGAGCAGAAGCCUAUCAAGUCUUCAAAGGAAGAUACAUGGACAAAGGAGUCUGUAAAGGCUCAUCCGAAGAGCUAUUUUCGUUCCUUAUUGACAUCCGAUACAAGUAAAACAAUAACAGAAUUUGUUAUCCGAUGUGGAAAUGAGUAUUUGAGACAAACAUCAGAAAGAGAUCAAGAUAAUGAGUAUAGAAACAGACAUAAAGAAAAGAAGAGACAGUCAACCUUUUGGCGUCAGGAUGAUACAUCGUCUUCAUCAGAAGAAGAAGACGAGAAAAACAAGGCAAAGAGUAACAAAGAUAAAGAGGACAAGAAAAAGGAUGGUCAGCUGAUGACUCAAAAAGAUGAUAAAAACAACAAAUUAGCAAAAUCAGUAGCGGCUGCAGGCUUUCUUUCAUUAUCACUUUAUUCGACAUAUAAAGCAAGUGUUGCAUUCAGUGAAAUAUCAUUUCAUAACCAAUUGGAGAUCUUACUCUCUCAAGUACAAGCUAUCCUUCAAAGCACCGAUAUAUGGAUAAGAGAACAUGAAAAAUUGGGUGAUAAAGUACCCAAUCAAGUUAGAUCUGAUGUCGCCUAUCUGAAAGAACUCGUUGAUUUUAUAGAAAGACUGGAUCCUCGCUCACAUAAAAAAAUGGAAGCUGCUGGAUGGGGAUGUGGAACGUUGGGUGGUUUAUCUGCACUGGGAGGUAUUGUCGUAGGUAGUACCGCAAUCGCUACUGGUGGCGCUGCGUUGGCCAUUGGCGGGGCUGUAGUGAUGAUAUCUUCAAAAGCACAAGCAUCAAGUAAAAGCACAUUGGGAGCAAGGCUAUUGCUGGAAGGUCAAGUCAGAGACAGGGUUUCGCUUUUGCUUAAAGACAAAGAGGAAAGACAGCGCGUGAUUCAGCAUGAAUUUGAUCAACAAUCACUCAAGAGUGAACCUAAGCCAAUACCCAUUAAAAAGGAAUACAUCAAAGAAGAACCAAAGAUGGAUAAAGGGCCUCCAAUGAAAGCAAAAAUUCCUUUACCCGCCCAGUAA